UGUUGAAUUGAGAAGUUUUGUUAGAAGUAAAGCUGAACAGUCCAUCACAGAAACAACGCCUUCACUCGCUUACGCUACUCUAAAUUGAGUUAUAAUGUUGCUCAUUCCAUUCUGUGUCGUGCUAGCCACUUUGGUCGCUGGAGGAGAGGGUAUUUCGUCUUGGGGGGGAGUUCAUGGCAAGAAACGAGAUAAAAUUCCUGGUCCUACUACAAAUCCUUCUCCAAACAGAUUUCUAUGCCCUCUUUGUAAUGGAAAAUGGAAUAAGGUGUCUGGAAGUGCAUCGACAGAGUCAAAGAAAACACUCAAAGAUAUUUUGAACCUUAAAACCAACGAUCCCGAUAAAAUUAACAUUCAUUGUGUGAAAGGAGAGAAAGGAGACAAGGGGGACGUUGGGGGAUCACGAGAACUUGAGGGGACAUUAAAGAAACAGAUUGAAGCGGUUGUGGAACCACUCCGAGCAAAACUAGCAGCAUUGCAAUCUUCAUACACCGUUGAGAUUGCAAGACUUAGAAAUGAAGUUCAUUCCAUCAAAUCUAGUAAGUUGGUAACGCUGGGUUGGCGCCCUGCAUGAUGAACACAGC